UGCCUAGACUAUGGGAUGAUAGAUGAUUUAAUUUGUUUCACCAAUGACGCUGUCAUGGGCAAUAUGCUAUUGCAAGUUGGACAAAGAGUCAUAGCUGUUGUUGAAGAGGAUAAAACCACAAAUGGAUUCAAGGCAAUCAAGGUUGAAGCUGUCUCAGAUAAAUGGGAAGGUGGUAGCUGCGUGCUUCAUCUUGGUGUGGACUCUGAACUAAAAACAUUAAUUGGAACUGUAACAUCUGUUACCGCAUGCGGUGGCUACAUCAAUCAAACAACAUCCUUUUCCUUGAAGGAUGUUCUUGAAAACUAUGAACCUUACAAAGGUGACUGGGUGCAAGCUGAAUAUUUUAUUAACCCAGCAACUUGCAGCAGUGAAGCCAUUUCUGUAAAGCCCUUGAGAUAUAAGAGAAUUGACAAGGUUCAGAUUUCCAGUUUUUGUGGAAGAAUCGGUGUGGUAGAUGACAAUGUGUUUUUCACUCUGGAUUCAUUGAUACUUCCUGAUGGUUAUAUGCCCCGUAGACAUGAUCUGGUCAGUGUGGUUGUGGUGGAGAGUAACCAGUCAUGUUAUACUUGGAGAGCGCUUUGCAUGGCUCCAUCAGACAAAAAUGGGACAUUUUCAGGCAAUGGAGCAAACUUUAAUGAGCCAUAUGAAAACUUAUUGAAGGACAAAGGAGGACUUAUGGUAUCGAAACUGACAGACUUUGGAACGCUCAGACUGGGCGAGAUGAAAAGCAUGGAAAUCUGGAUUGAGAAUAAAGGACAAGCAGCACACUGUUUAAUUAGCUGCAAAUUAGGUGGCUGGGAAAAAGAGAAACAGUUUUGUCUUCAAAUAUCAGGAGAAUGCCACCAGAAUUCUUCAGAAUCUCUAACAUCAGUUAUUACACCAAAAAUUGGAGACCAGAUGGUUGGAAAAUCUGAAAAACUAAAUGAUGAAAAAGAAAAUAUAGAAGAAAAAACAGUGCCCAGUACAGAGAUCUCUCUGCCUCCUGGUACAAAGACUUGUGUAGUGAUUUUAUGUACAGGAAAAAACCCUGGCCGUUGCAAAGAACUUCUGUUGCUCUGUUUUUCUGACUGCAUUAUUGGGCGCUACAUUGAAGCAACUAUAGUAACUGAGGAAGAGUUGCAAAUAGCAGCCACUGAGCCGUUUUGCCGAAGAAAACCUCAGAUUGCUCCAGCAAUCCAGCACACAAAGGCAAUUGUUGCUUUACCAGAAGUAAAAAGAACAACAAGAAGACAGCUACCAAGCUUCAUCCCUCAAUAUCCUGUUCCUGACAGAUUAAAGAAAUGUGUGGAAAACAAGUGGGAUGUUUUGAUUUUCCAACCAUGUCUCGGAGAGGGCCUCUGUCCAGCUAACUAUAAAGCAUUUUUUUCUACUCUGCUGUGGCUUGAGGAAAUCCAUGAGGAGAUGGAAAUGAAGGAUUUUGCCUUGACUGGAGUCACCUUGAAAAGGAAUGGAAACUUACUGGUUGUUGACGUGCCUGGGGUCACAGAGGGUCGCCCUUCAUUAUCUGCAGGUGAGAAAGUGAUAUUGAAGACCCAAGAUUACUUGGAGCAAAUAAGUUACCUUGCAUCUAUCGCUGAGAUUCAUGAAGAAGAAGUUACUCUGAAGCUCAACCCGGAGUUUGAGCAGGCUUAUAAUGAUGAACCCAUGGAUGUGGAAUUUACAUUUAGUCGGACUACUACUAGGAGGUGCCAUUUUGCAGUAGAACAAGCCAUCCACCUGCAAGAAAAAGUUUUAUUUCCAGACCAUCUUACAGUGCAGUCUCCUCAAGUUGUCAAUCAGUGGCAUGAUUCAGAGUGUUCUGGCAAUACUGGAAGACAGAGCGCCGCACAGGGAGAUAAGAAUGAGAAGGAACAAAAUGGUAACAGAAAAAGGCUUCUAAAGGAGAAAAAGGCGGCAGUUCUGACUGGCGUGGUUGCUGUUGCCACACAAACAAUGAAUGGCAUGGCAACAUCUCAGCCAAGAGACGGCAGUUUCUUCAAUCCUUUGCUGAAUGAGCAUCAGAAGCUAGCGGUGAAAAGGAUACUUAGUGGUGAAUGCCGUCCUAUGCCUUAUAUUAUCUUUGGACCACCUGGAACUGGCAAAACUGUAACAGUAAUUGAAGCCAUUUUGCAGAUACAUUACCGUUUAUCAGACAGCCGAAUCCUAGUUUGUGCACCAUCAAACAGUGCAUCAGAUCUAAUUUGUGUACGACUUCAUGACACCAACAUGUUAAAGCCCGGAGCUAUGGUCAGAGUGAAUGCAUCCAACAGAAAUGAAGAGAGUCUGAAUGAUGUAAUAAAGCUUUACUGCAAAGAUGGAGAAGAUAUUUGGCAAGCAUCUCGGUUUAGGAUAAUUGUCAUCACAUGCAGCAGUGCUGGAAUGUUCUACCAUAUAGGAAUAAGAACUGGACACUUCACUCAUGUAUUUGUGGAUGAAGCAGGCCAGGCAAGUGAACCUGAAUGCCUGAUCCCAUUGGGGCUGAUCUCUGAAAUCAGUGGGCAGAUAGUACUUUCAGGUGAUCCAAUGCAGCUAGGCCCAGUUAUAAAAUCUAAGAUUGCUGCAGUUUAUGGAUUAAAUGUUUCACUGAUGGAGAGACUGAUGUCUCGGCCUCUGUAUUUGAGAGAUGAAGAUGCUUUUGGUGCUUGUGGGUCAUAUAAUCCUCUAUUGGUUACCAAGCUUGUGAAGAAUUACCGAUCUCAUGCUGCACUGCUUACAUUGCCAUCUAAACUCUUUUACCACAAGGAGUUAGAAGUCUGUGCUGAUCCGUCAGUGGCAAACUCUUUGUUAGGAUGGGAGAAGUUGCCAAAGAAAGGUUUUCCACUGGUCUUUCAUGGAAUGAGAGGCAACGAAAUGCGCGAAGGCCACAACCCCUCUUGGUUCAAUCCUACAGAAGCAGUUCAGAUAAUGCGCUAUUGUUGCCUGCUUGCUAAAAGGAUCAGCCACACAGUGUCACAAACAGACAUUGGAGUAAUUGCACCUUAUCGGAAGCAGGUGGAAAAAAUCAGACUUCUCUUGCACAGUGUGGACCUGACAGACAUCAAAGUCGGUUCUGUAGAGGAGUUUCAAGGACAAGAAUUCCUGGUGAUCCUCGUGUCAACGGUCCGGUCAAAUGAGAGCUCAUUUUAUGAGAUGGGGCACAUUAUGGGCUUCCUGGCUAAUUCAAAGCGGUUUAAUGUGGCAAUUACCAGGUCUAAGGCACUGCUGAUUGUAGUCGGAAAUCCUCAUGUGCUUGCCAAAGACCCUUGCUUUAAUGCGUUAUUGGACUACAGUUUGUCCAAUGGAGUUUACCUUGGCUGCGACCUACCACAAGAGCUGCAAAGUCUGAAUCAGUGAGUGUCUUUCGUCAUCGUUGGUGAAGUGAGAUUGGAUGAAUCAGCAGUGGCUCCUCUUCCAUACA